CCGUUUUAUAUAAUGCUAACAACCCUUCGCUUGUAAGUACUAGAAACGGAAGUCGUAUUCUGCACGUUACCGUGCUUCCCUUGCUUAGAACAUCGCUAAGAACGGUUUUGUUGUUAUACCUUGCUCUUGGUGCGCGUCGCAAGGCCUCGUCUGUAAAAUGAUCGCGCGUAUAAAGCGUUACGAGGCCUGUAUUCGUCGAGGUCGUUCUUACGAUGGCUCUGGCAUCCCGCUUUCUUCCUGUAAUAGAUCGUAUUCUUUAGGAGUAGCGUCGUAUUAAAGAUGCUAAACAUCGUGCUGAACUUAAGCUAGAUAAAUCCUAACGCUGUCUGGAAGAGGCCUAGCGUAAGUUAUCCGAAAAGCUUACAUGGCUCUGGCGUCUUCGUCAGUAGAAGGAAUUUUUGGUGGAGAAAGGUGCCGAUAUAGUGACGCGUAGUCUGUCGACUUUAGACGAGUUAGAGGAGGUUAAGCGGCAAGAGACGCCUAUUAUACCCUCGUCAUAGAUUAAUAAUGCCGUCGAUGCUGUCGACUAGGGCGCCGUCUUUAGUUCUAUCCUAGGUUUUCCUUUGGUUAAUCCGGGUUCUGCCGGUAGAACUGUUCUAGUUUCUUAGGGCAGUUUAAAUUCUUGACUAGUUCCUAUGAGUUAUCUUCUAGUCCGAAAUCAAGCUAUUUGACUAGGUACUAUAGUUCCCUAUUAAUAAUAUAUGAAUCUAGAAUUUCUUUGACGUCCUA